UUGAUAAACCCCAAAUAAGGAAACACUAAACAAUAAAAAAAGAUGUCAUCAAUGAUCAAAUUCCCAUCUUCCAUGUUUUGUGUCUAUUCAUCUUCUUCUUCUUCAAUCAAAUCAUCAAUUUUUCCAAAAUCCAUCUCUUUUCCCUCUAGCCAUUUUAAUAAUUUCAAGAACCCUUUUUUGAACUGUAAAACUCCAAUGGAAAAUCAGAGUUUUUCAGUGUUAUCUGCUUCUAAAGCUCAAAAUGGAGGUGUAAUUCAAGAUUCUUCUUUUCAGGGAAGUGAAUCAUUCUUCAGGAGUGUAUUGGGGAACAUGGAAGCCAUAUAUCUGAAUAAAAACCCCAUUGCUAAGGCUAUUUUGGAGCUCGUUCGUUCUGCUGAUGGUGAUCAGAUUUGCUAUGAUCAUUUUGCAUUUAGGACAUUUGGGGUAAAUGGUCAUGGCAUUGAUUCUAUGUCAAAGUUCUUCUUGGAUUUUGGUUACGAACGACGAGAAGAGUUGAGAUUCCCUGCUAAGAAGUUGAAAGCUUUCUGGUUUUCUCCUCCGAAGGUUUCAACUUCCAGUCAUGGGAGUGGGGUUAACGGGCCAUUGCCAAGAAUAUUUAUAUCCGAACUUCUUGUCGAUCAGCUUAGUCCAGAAGCUCAGGAAAUAAUCAAAAAGUACACUAACAUUUCGCACUGCGGAAAAGAGUAUGCUGCACUUGCAAGUGCAUUCGGGAUUUUGACAUGGGAAAAACCCUCGUAUUCGGAAUUUCAACAACUGGCUAGGGAGAGUGAGUAUGCUGCCUGGACACUUGUCAAUGGAUAUGCAUUGAAUCAUGUUACCAUAUCUACCCAUCGGUUGGCAUCAAAUCUGAGAAGCAUCGGAAAUCUAAAUCAAUUUAUCGAAGAAAAUGGUUUCAAUUUGAACUCUGAAGGGGGUAUUCUAAAGGUGAGCCCUGAUGGUCUUUUGCUGCAAAGUUCAACUGUAGCAGAUUCUACCUCUUUCGAAUUUUCAGAUGGCACUACAGAAGCAGUACCUUGUUCAUACAUUGAAUUUGCUGAGCGACUUGUACUACCGCAAUAUAAAGAUUUACCCACAGAAAAGGUGGAGGAGUUUCAUAGGCGGGACGGAUUUGAAGUUGGAAAUGCUGACAAGAUAUUUGAGAGUACAUCCAAGGAUCAGUUAACCCGUCGUGCAGCUUGAGAGUAAGCGCUAAGCAGUUGGACGUUUCGACUGUGUGAAGCUAAUUUCUUGGCAUAUUCAACUGGAUGACUACUCCUAGAUUAACUGUUGGAAGAAGAUGAUAUUGUAGCUCUGAAAGUAUUGUUAUCUGUAACUAUCACAAAUUUCCUCUUGGCAUAUACACCUGAAAUGUCAAGAAAUUAGUUUGGAUGAUAAGUAGAUAGAUGGACUAAUUAAACACCAAUAUUGAUGUAGUCAGAGCAAAAAUAAAGUUGUCAAUGCAAUCCAUCUUAUGAUUUUCUCUUGACAAA